CAUUCUUUAUUUUAUUUUUAUAUUUAUUUUUAUAUUUCUCGUUUUUCUUUUAUUUCUUUUAUUAGAUAGAUUCUGGUCUAUGCAUGCGAAUUGCUUCAUUGACUAUAAUAAAAAAAGUUCUUUCAUUGAUUUUGAUAGAUUUUUAGUGAACUAGGUUUCAUAUCGUGCUUUAACUAUUCCUGAUCCUAAAAUUACUGCACAAAUGGCUUCUACGGUCCCACUUGGAGUAGCGCACUGUUUUGCUAAACCCUUUCGCACCUCGUACCAGAAGCCGUCACCACUGGCAAAUGCGCUACCCACUUAUGACCGCUCAAUGAGCACCACGGGGUUGAAAGAAAGGACUUCAAUGGAGGAGUUGAGGAGUCUGAAAAUGGUAACGGCUGUCAAGACUCCAUACCUACCGAAUGGCCAAUUCGAUCUCGAUACAUAUGAUAACUUGGUGAACAUGCAAAUUGCAAAAGGUGUUGAAGGUAUCCUUGUUGCUGGAACAACCGGUGAAGGCUAUUUAAUGACUUGGGACGAACAAAUAAUGCUUAUAGCACAUACAGUUAACUCUUUCGGCGACAAAGUUAAGGUUAUCGGCAACGCUGGAAGCAACUGCACAUCAGAAGCAAUUACUGCCACCGAGCAAGGUUUCGCCGUUGGAAUGGAUGCGGCAAUGCAUAUAAACCCUUACUAUGGAAAAACCUCGUCAGACGGAUUGAUUGCUCACUACAAUAGCGUGCUUUCAGUCGGGCCGGUGAUCAUAUACAACGUACCAACCAGGUCUGCCCAUGAUAUUCCUCCUAGCGUAGUUGAGAAAUUGGCUGAAAAUCCUAACUUGGUUGGCAUCAAGGAGUGUAUCGGAAAUGACCGAGUGAAAAUGUAUACAGGUAAAGGACUUCAUGUUUGGACGGGUAACGAUGAAGAAAGCCAUGAAGCUAGAUGGGAAUGUGGUGCUACUGGACUUCACUCUGUUGCAGGAAACUUGAUUCCUGGUUUGAUGAAGGAACUCAUGUUUGAAGGUAAGAAUCCUACCUUGAAUGCGAAGUUGACGCCUUUGUUUAAGUGGCUUUUUCAUGUGCCGACACCGGUUGCUUUGAACACUGCACUUGCCCAACUUGGAGUUAUCAGACCAAUUUUCAGGUUACCGCAUGUUCCUGUUCCUGUUGAAAAGAGAAGAGAGUUUGUGAGUUUGGUGAAGGAAAUGGGUAGAGAGAAUUUUGUUGGUGAAAAAGAUGUUCAAGUUCUUGAAGAUGAUGACUUCAUUGUCGUUGCUCGAUAUUAAAAGCUGAAAACACCGUAUGUGACAUUCCAUAGUGUAACAUUAAGUUGACAAAUAAAAUAAGGUUUAUUUUUCGGUUGAAA